AUGGCACAUCCCUCACAACUCGGAUUUCAAGACGCAGCUUCACCCUUAAUAGAAGAACUACUUCACUUCCACGACCACGCCUUAAUAAUUGUAAUUCUCAUUAGCACAAUAGUACUUUAUAUUAUUGCGGCUAUAGUCACAGCCAAACUAACAGAUAAACUUGUACUAGACUCUCAAGAAAUUGAAAUUAUCUGAACAGUUCUCCCAGCUGUUAUUCUUAUCCUUAUCGCCCUACCAUCCAUCCGAAUUUUGUACUUAAUAGACGAAAUUAAUGACCCCCACCUGACAAUUAAAGCCAUUGGCCACCAGUGAUACUGAAGCUACGAAUACACAGACUACGAAGACCUCGGUUUUGACUCAUACAUAAUCCCCACACAAGACCUGACCCCCGGACAAUUCCGACUACUAGAAGCAGACCACCGAAUAGUAAUCCCGGUAGAAUCCCCAAUUCGCGUUUUAAUCUCGGCUGAAGAUGUCUUACAUUCCUGGGCAGUCCCCUCUCUAGGCGUAAAAGUUGACGCCGUACCUGGACGAUUGAACCAAGCAACCUUUAUUGUUAGCCGACCAGGCGUAUUUUUCGGACAAUGUUCUGAGAUUUGCGGGGCUAACCAUAGUUUUAUACCCAUUGUUGUAGAAGCAGUCCCCCUUGAACACUUUGAGAACUGGUCUUCACUAAUAAUUGAAGACGCCU